UGUUCUGAUCUAGCAUUUCAUCUUUGUGGUUCCUUAUUCACGUCGUGGUUAGUAAUAUGGAAUUUCUGUCAUUUCCCAGGUAUAGAGUUUACAGGCAUUUCUGGAGCAACAGCUGAGAAUGUCCCAGUGGAACAGAUUGUUGAGAACAAUGACAUCAUCAUUUUAACGCCACAGAUUCUUGUGAACAACCUUAAAAAGGGAACAAUUCCAUCACUGUCCAUCUUUACUUUAGUGAUAUUUGAUGAAUGCCACAACCCUACUAAACAGCACCCAUACAAUAUGAUCAUGUUUAAUUAUCUAGAUCAGAAACUUGGAGGAUCUUCAGGCCCACUGCCCCAGGUCAUUGGGCUGACUGCCUCGGUUGGUGUCGGGGAUGCCAAAAACACAGAUGAAGCCUUGGAUUAUAUCUGCAAGCUGUGUGCUUCUCUUGAUGCGUCAGUGAUAGCAACAGUCAAACACAAUCUGGAGGAACUGGAGCAAGUUGUUUAUAAGCCCCAGAAGUUUUUCAGGAAAGUGGAAUCAUGGAUUAUUGACAAAUUUAAAUGCAGCAUAGCUCAGCUGAUGAGGGACACAGAGAGUCUGGCAAAGAGAAUCUGCAAAGACCUCAGUGAGAUAAAUCAAAUUCAAAACAGGGAAUUUGGAACACAGAAAUAUGAACAAUGGAUUGUUACAGUUCAGAAAGCAUGCAUGGUGUUCCAGAUGCCAGACAAAGAUGAAGAGAGCAGGAUUUGUAAAGCCCUGUUUUUAUACACUUCACAUUUGCGGAAAUAUAAUGAUGCCCUCAUUAUCAAUGAGCAUGCACGAAUGAAAGAUGCUUUGGAUUACUUGAAAGACUUCUUCAGCAAUGUCCAAGCAGCAGGAUUCGAUGAGAUUGAGCAAGACCUUACUCAGAGAUUUGAAGAAAAGCUACAGGAACUAGAAAGUGUUUCCAGGGAUCCCAGCAAUGAGAACCCUAAACUUGAAGACCUCUGCUUCAUCUUACAAGAAGAGUACCACUUAAACCCAGAGACAAUAACAAUUCUCUUUGUGAAAACCAGAGCACUUGUGGAUGCUUUAAAAAAUUGGAUUGAAGGAAAUCCUAAACUCAGUUUUCUAAAACCUGGCAUAUUGACCGGAUGUGGCAAAACAAAUCAGAACACAGGAAUGACCCUCCCGGCACAGAAGUGUAUAUUGGAUGCAUUCAAAGCCAAUGGAGAUCACAAUAUUCUGAUUGCCACCUCAGUUGCUGAUGAAGGCAUUGACAUUGCACAGUGCAAUCUUGUCAUCCUGUAUGAGUACGUGGGCAAUGUCAUCAAAAUGAUCCAAACCAGAGGCAGAGGAAGAGCAAGAGGUAGCAAGUGCUUCCUUCUGACUAGUAAUGCUGGUGUAAUUGAAAAAGAAUAAAUAAACAUGUACAAAGAAAAAAUGAUGAAUGACUCUAUUUUACGCCUUUAGACAUGGGACGAAGCAGUAUUUAGGGAAAAGAUUCUGCAUAUACAGACUCAUGAAAAAUUCAUCAGAGAUAGUCAAGAAAAACCAAAACCUGUACCUGAUAAGGAAAAUAAAAAACUGCUCUGCAGAAAGUGCAAAGCCUUGGCAUGUUACACAGCUGACGUAAGAGUGAUAGAGGAAUGCCAUUACACUGUGCUUGGAGAUGCUUUUAAGGAAUGCCUUGUGAGUAGACCACAUCCCAAGCCAAAGCAGUUUUCAAAUUUUGAAAAAAGAGCAAAGAUAUUCUGUGCCUGACAGAACUGCAGCCAUGACUGGGGAAUCCAUGUGAAGUACAAGACAUUUGAAAUUCCAGUUAUAAAAAUUGAAAGUUUUGUGGUGGAGGAUAUUGCAACUGGAAUUCAGACACUGUACUCGAAGUGGAAGGAUUUCGAGAAGAUACCAUUUGAUCCAGCAGAAAUGUCCAAAUGAUAUCAGGGCCUCAAUCUUCAGCUACAGGGAAUGAGUAACUUUGAGUGGAGAAGAAACAAACGUGGGUAUAGUCAUGGAUCGCUUGUACCCCGGUGAAGAUACAUUUUUUAAAAAUAUCUUUAGCAGUUUGUACUAUAUUUUAUAUGCAAAGCACAAAUGAGUGAAUCACAGCACUGAGUAUUUUGUAGGCCAACAGAGCUCAUAGUACUUGGGAAAAAUUAAAAAGCCUCAUUUCUAGCCGCCUUUUUAGAGUCAACUGCCAACAAACACACAGUAAUCACUCUGUACACACUAGGAUAGAUGAAUGAAUGGAAUGUUGGGAAUUUUUAUCUCCCUUUCUCUCCUUAACCUACUGUAAACUGGCUUUUGCUUUUAACAGUCUACUGAAAUUGUUCUUUUGAAGGUUACCAGUGACUCUGGUUGCCAAAUCCACUGGGCACUUCUUAACCUUCUAUUUGACCUCUGUGCAUUUGGCCCUGUUGAGCACUCUUCUUGAAACUCUCCCUGGGCUUCUCUCUCUUCUAGUUCUAUUCUACUCUUUUUUAUUGAGUCCUCCUCUUUGCUGAUCCCUUCCAAGGGUUCAAUAUAUAUACAUUUAUAUACUGUACAUAUGUAUAUGUAACUAUUAUACAUACAUACAGGUAUGUAUAUGUAAUGGUUAUAUGUACUCAUGUUCCCUGUGUAGCAACAUGUGGUAUGGCUACACAGAGAACAUGAGAACAUAAAGCCAUUUUUAUGCUUACUACUAAAAGCUGUCCACUGUAGAGUUGCUGUAUGUAGCAAUGUGUGUCCACUCUACAGUGGACAGCUUUUAGUAGUGAGCAUAAAAAUGAUAAAAUACUUCUUGAAAACUUAGUUUACUAUACAUCUUGCCCUAUUAAUAUGUUCUCUUAACGUGUGCCAUUCUUUUUGACCAUUUUCCUAUAAUGAUGUUGAUGUUCAACACCUGGACUGAAUGUCUGUUCUCAGAUCCCUUGGAUGUUACAGAUGAGGCAGUCUGACUGUCUACUUGAAAGAUUAGAAUAUGUAUCCAAAUGGCAUUCAUGUGUCGCUUAGCAAGGUUUGCUGAUGCUUCAAAGAGCUUAGUUUGCAGUUUUCUGGACAUGGAAACAAGUGUCUGAGUUCCCUGGAGAUCAACGGGAUGAGGUGUUACAGCUGCCUCCCUCUCCAUGUGAUCCAGUGAGCAGUGGUGCAGGCGGGGAGCCAGAGAAACUUGCCAGUUAUAUAACUUUUCUUUGGCUUUUCUUCAUCUGUAAAACAAGGAUAAUACUGAACUGUAAGGGUUAGUGGAGAGAUUUUAAUUAAAAGAAUGUGUGAAAAGUACGUGACACAGUAGUUGGUUGAUAAUAGUUACUAGUAGUAGUAUUCUUACUAAGACCCAAUACAAAUGGAUUAUUUAAACCAA